AUGGCUGACCCGAACUACGAAUCUCCGACCGGUGAGGCGCUUCGAGACGCCAAGCGACCCGUGGAUCCUGCCACGCUGAUGUCCGGCAUCCUGGGGCACGACAAAUCUACUGACUUUCUCUACAACCAGCUCGAGUACACGGUGCCUCUCAAGCAUUGCAGGAACGGCGACCGAAUUACUGUCACGGUUCGUGUGGUACUCAGCAAAUGUGAUUCAGACGCUGCCAAGCGAUACGUGGACGAGCAGCCAGCUGAGCGUACAGUCCACCUGAACCCGGAGACGCCCAUCGCCGUCUACCUUGUCGGGGGCCCGGGCUCCGACAAUCCACACACGAACAACCCCACGAUGACCGAGUUCUACCUCGCCAAGGGGUUCCAGGUCCUGUUUAUGGACUACCGUGGCACCGGCAGCAGCACCCUUCAGCGGGCCGACCAUCUCGACGACAGCCUGCCUCCGAGUGGCAAUGCUUACGUCGUGGGCAAAGAGCCGUCGCUCGAAAACUUGACUUCGGACGAGCAAGCUGAGCAGUUGUCGUGGUACCGCCAGGACAAUAUCGUACGGGACCUCGAAGCCGUGCGCAAGAGUCUGCUCACGGAGUCCGACAUCCAGUCUGCCAGCAAGUGGACUCUUGUCGGCCAGUCGUACGGUGGCUGGGUGUCGUUUACGUACCUGUCGUUCUAUCCCGAGGCCCUUCACAUGGUCCUGCUGACGGGCGGCAUCCCCCCGGUGGGCCAGAGCCCCAAGAAGGUAUAUGAGCACACGUACGACUCGGUCAUCAAAGCUUGCGACGUCUUUUAUGACACGUAUCCCGACCAUGUAAAGAACGUGAGAGAUGUUCUCAAGGUCAUCCAUGACGGCAACGGGAAAGACGAGAAUGGAACCAAACGUCGGAUCGCGAUGCCAGGAGGCGGCGUCCUGACGCCAGAGCGGUUCCUGUGCCUGGGCCGCACACUCGGCACAACGGGUGGCAACGACAAGGUGAACGACGCUCUGAACAAGUUCAUGGAGGACAUUGAUGCCCGUCGACCGAUCAGGAACGACACGCUUCUCCAGGUCGAGUCCUGGCUGCGCUUUGAGGAGCGGCCUCUGUACGCCAUUCUGCAGGAGCCCUUGUACACCGAGUCCCCGAACCCGCCGUCGGCCUGGGCUGCCCAAGCGGCGGGAGAAGAGCUUAACCGUUACUGGUGGCUUCAGGAAGUCGCUUUUGACCGCGUGUUCUCGUCAGAGAAGGACGAGGACAAGACGUUCGCCGAGGAGCACUUUGAUGGCAAGAAGAUCUACAUGUCGGCUGAGCACGUAUACCCAUUCCACUACGACCAAUUCAAAAGCCUGCGGCCUCUCAAGAAGGCAGCCGAGAUCCUGGCCGAGAAGACAGACUGGCCGCCGCUGUAUGACAUCCUUCAGCUGCGCAAGAACAAGGUCCCCAUCUCGUCGCUUUCGUACGAAACAGACAUGUUUGUCGACUGGCGGCUUUCCAAACUUACGGUGGCAAAUAUGGACAAGAAAUAUAUCGUCAACGACCACGACGCGGAACUGAAGCACACAGCUGUGAAGGACAAGCCGGAGAUCGUCCUGAAUCGCGUGUGGGAAAACCUCGGUGAGCUUGCAAAGAGUCUUGUCGGCGGGGAGAAGGGUGAUGAGAAGCUCGAAACCGCCGUGUCUGUGAUUUCGGUUCUCAAGGAGGUAGCGGCAAACUAG